AAAGUCUUUAUAUGAUUUAAAAAAUAUUGAAGAUGUUUGGCUUAGACAAGAGCGCUCCUUUAUUCACUUUUUUUCCCCCCCUUUAUGGAUAGUUAGUCCCAGAUUUUUAGAGUGAUUAUGAAUCCUAAUUUAGGAGACUGGACAGUGUUCUAGUUCUUCAUAUGCUUAGAACAAUUUGAUCUACAAAGAGGAAUAUGUGAAGGACCUCAUCAUCUUUUUUCUAGGUAUAUGAGUUGAGUGACCUCUAAGGUUUAUGAUUGAGUAAUCUGCAGGUAAUCUUUCAUUUGAACUCCAUACAGAACAUCUUCCAUAAAACCAUCUUUGGUGAGAAUACCUUUUAUAUAGUGCUUGAUAUUCAUAAUCAGAGGGUGUCCAAAUUACUUCUUGUAUCUUACCGCUUAUGAGGUAAAAUUUAACACAAGCAUAGGAGUUCCUAUUAGAGAAGAAUUUUUAAGGGUUUUUUUGUUGUUUUUUUAAGUUUUUACAGCAUUUUGCUCUAUUAAGUCAAAUCAGCAAAAAAUAAGCACAGUGUAAUUAUAUAUUCUUUGCAUCUUUCAGCAAAUUAUAUCUGAUUAAAAAUUAGGUCUGCUUUAGAACAUUUGUGAAAGCCUGGCUCUUUUUCAUACCUUCCUCGAAAGAUAUCCUGGGUAGCUGUAGAUAAAGAUAAUUCUCCUAAAGAUUUUCUAAAGAUGGAAUGAGUGAAUCUCUGGUGGUUUGUGAUGUUGCUGAAGAUCUAGUGGAGAAACUGAGAAAGUUUCGUUUUCGCAAAGAAACUAACAAUGCUGCUAUUAUAAUGAAGAUUGACAAGGAUAAACGGCUGGUAGUACUGGAUGAAGAGCAUGAGGGUAUUUCACCAGAUGAGCUUAAAGAUGAACUACCUGAACGACAACCUCGCUUCAUUGUAUAUAGUUAUAAAUAUCUACAUGAUGAUGGAAGAGUUUCAUACCCUCUAUGCUUUAUAUUUUCUAGUCCUGUUGGGUGUAAGCCUGAACAACAGAUGAUGUAUGCUGGGAGUAAGAAUAAACUAGUUCAAACAGCUGAAUUAACCAAGGUAUUUGAAAUAAGAAAUACUGAAGACCUAACUGAAGAAUGGUUAUGUGAAAAACUUGGAUUUUUCCACUAAUGUGGUAUUUAUAUACUAACCUGAUUUUACUGGAACCAGACAUAAAUACUUAUUUAUGCCUAAAAAUGCACUGUUAUUUACAGUUUUGUUUCCUGCAGUAAAUUAAAAAACUUUCAGUUAUAAAGUUUGUACAAAGGAGGAGAUUCUUCUUAUAGUAAUGAAAAUUUUAAAAGCGUUUCCUCAUAUUUUGUAAUUGUUUAGUGAAAUACUUCUGCAGGGAAUUUUUGCACUCUUUGUGACUAAUUUCUAUAACUUCUGGUUCAGAAUUUAAUUGUUACUAUUUUCAAAAAUCAUUGGAAAAUAGGUAUUUUGCUUGUAUGAGCAAUCAUUGCCUCCUUUUGACAAAUACUGGAUAUUAACAUAUUGUUACUUGGCAAAUAUGUGAAAUACAUUAAAAGGCUUGAAUGACCCUUUUUUUCUUUUUUCAAGGCAUUUGGGAUUAAGUGACUUGCCUGGGGUAAAAGGUCUGUGGCCAAAUUUAAACUCAUGUUCUCCUGAUUCCAGGGUUUAGAAUGACUAAAAUUUGAGCCUAUAAAUAAUAAGAUUUUAGCGUAUCAUGUGUUCUAAGUCCUUUUUCAUUAAUUCUGGAACUUGUUUAGUUUACUACAUUUUUAUUCCAUAACUUCCAAUAUAUAUAACUAUCAAACAAUAUUAAGUCCUAUGGAGUUAUAAACUUGAGUAUUUCCUAAUGUCAUAUGAGUGUUAGUCAUUUUAAACCUGUUAAUACUGUGCCUUUGAUUUGUUAGCUUUAAAAUUAAUCUUGAGAGUUUUACACCACCAAUAAUCCAGACUUGGUGAAAUUAAUACUUUUGUAAAGGUCCAAGUAAAAUGUUUUAUAGUGUCUAAUUCUAUAAGUGAAAUUUGUAAUAAAACCAACUUCAUUUCUGUAAAUUCCAGCCACUUUCUUGCAUUGAUGAAUGCCUGGCAGUUGAAAGUUAGGGUUUUGUAUGUGUCUGAUUUAGAUUUGUAUCAUUCAGAAGUAGUAUUGACCUUAAACUUUGGUUGUAGGCAACAAAAGUAAUAUGUCAAUCAAAUUCAUAUUGAUGUUAAUAAUACUUUAGUUAUCAGAAUGUCAUUGUAGGCUAAAUGAAGAAUAGUUGAGCUAGUCUUUAUAAGUGUCAUCAGCAUAAAUCCUAUUAUGAAGUAUACUUUUAAAGCAAUAAAAUUGCUUUAAAACGUUGAAAACUGAACAUUUUACAAAGGCUUGCCAAUAUAUCCUCAAUCCAGUGGUACAACCAAGUAAAAUGAUUCAUCUUGUGUCUCAGUCAUUUUCUUAAAAAAAUAAACAAAAACCAUUUUGCAAUGGAUUCUAUUUAAUAAUUUCUGUCUUUCAAAUGUAUGUGCCAACUACAUUUAGAGAUUAACAUUAAUUAAGAUUAUCUUCUAUGUGUCUUCCUCAAUAGGAAAGCAAGAAAUUAAAGAAAAGAGGAUAUAAAACAGAUGGAAAAAGGAGAAGAGAGAUUUUUGUUGUGGUUGUAUAAGAGUUAGAAAAGAUUCUUUAUUUCUUCCAGAUAAAAUAUUAUUUCAGAAAAACUUAAGAAUUUUAGGAUUCUUCAGAAAUGAAAUAUCAUUUAAAUUCAUAGGAUCAUGGAUCUAGACCUGGGAAGGGAUUUUACAGGUCAUCUUGUCCAACCUCUUCAUUUUAUAGAUGAGAAAUGUGAAGCUAAGAAGUUCAGUGAUUCAAAUCACAACCUUGAUUCCAGAAUCUGCAGGAAUUUUACCUUCUAUGCUAAUAUUAGAUGCAAGCAUACUUUUGACUGAAGAAGUAAUUGUCUUGUCUCAGGUCACAGCAAUAAAAGGAAAUAAUGCUGUCAAAGAAUGUAGUUACUUAACCUGCUGUGAGCUUAAAAUAUAGGAAAUUUUUGUCUUUUAUACUAAGAUCCUUUAAGCUUAUUAACCUACUGUCAGUGAAAUUGUUGCUUUUAUUUUUUAUCUAGUUGUGGCACUGGAUUAUAAACAAUCCAGAUUCUUUAACUUGAUUUUCCCUUUGUGACCAAUGGCAUACAUACAUUUAAAAACAGUUAGUUGUAGUAAUGAGUUCAAUGGAAGUGAUUUUUUUUUUCUUCCAUGAUACAAACUUUCAUAAGUGGUCAUUAAAUCUGUGACUGUAGCACAGUGCUUAUUUUGAGUUAAAAUGUUCUUAGAAUUUGGGCCAGAUUCCCCUUUGUCGCUUCAUUAUUUUAUGGUUCCUUUUUUCCAGAAAUAGAACUAGUUGUAAAGGAACUUUAAAAAAAAAGAAAAAAGCUAUAAUCCUCAUGGAUUUACAGGGGAAAUCUAUCAAACUUUUAAGGAACACUUAAUACCAAUACUAAACACAUUAAUCUCAAAAUUUGACAAUGAAAACACUUUUUACUUCCAAUAAACUUUUAAGUUUUUUUCAAAAUAAUUUUCAUAGCAUCUUUAUGAAAUUUCUGAGAAAAAUCAAAGGAGGUGGUAUGUAUGAAAAACCUUGCAAACCUUAAGCCUCUGUAAAUCUUAGCUAUUAUCAUUAUUAUCUUUCUCUUUUUUUUUUUCCUUCCUCAAAUAGUGACCACAGAAUUCAUUAUUCCAUUUAUUCCAUUCCAUUUUAAAAUAUUUCCCACCUUCCAAAUAUAAACAGAUCCCAUCUGGUUCAUAAUCUAAUCUUUAUACAUAAUAGUUCCUAACAUAUCCUUCAUCUGCUAGCACUUUCAGACCUUGAGACUAUUGGGAAUGAUACUGAUCACACUUCCAAGAAAUAAUUGCCUCACAAGCAUGACUUUACUUACUUGCUAUCUAAGUUAGCAUUUAUUUUGCAAUAGUAAUAGCAGUUCAUUUUACUUUACUUUUUGCAUUAUUACAGGAAGAGUACAUUUUGCAAAGAUAGGACAAAUUAAUUAUCUCCUUCUAUAUUUAGUUUGUGUGGGAAAGUCACCUACCUUUAAAUAUUAUACAGUCUGGCACAUAGUAGAUGCUUAAUAAAUGAUUGGUGGUUGAUUAAUUGAUUACUUUAUUGUAAUGUCAAAAUGUUCUCCAAGGAUUGGGUAUCAUUCUUUUUCUGAUAUUGGAGCAAAUCUAAGAAAGAGUUUGUCACUAAUUUAUUAUACUUAAUUUCAGAUUUUUUUUUUAAGAUAUGAGUCUUGUCUUAUUGUUUUUGGAAAUGUAUAUAUGCUUAAUAUAGUUAAGUACCCUCUUACACUUAAGCAAGUGUUGAUGCAAUUACAAAUAUUUUUAUAAUAAUAUUAAUAAUAGCCUUUGUAGCAAAAGAUCUGACAAUACUUUUUCUCCCUAUUAAAAACUCCUAUUUUCAGGAGUCAGACAGCCAUAAAAAAUUGGUGUGCUCUCAGGUCUGAAUCUUGAAUAAAAUCUCUAAUAUUGGGAGUUCAUUACCAAGUUUGAUUUUACUAUUUAAAAAUUCAUUGAGUAAAUAAAUAAAGUUUGUGGGGGUUUUUUAAGCAUUUACUAAUAAAAAAUGGCUAGCAAGCAUAAUUGUAAAUCAUCAAUCCAUGAAGUUGAACUAGUGAUUUUGGAUAUUUUCAUAAAAGUUCAAAUGCUAGUAUUUGGUGGAAAUAGAGUAUAAUUCAUGUUUUGUGAUUACUGCAUUAGUACCAUGUGUUAUCUCUGUUAAUUCAUUAGAUUAGAUUGACCAUACUGGAAUCUGGGAUUUGAAUCUUCACAGCUUAUAUAAAGGUGAAUCUCAAAAUCCUUUGGUCAAAUUGUAUUUUAUAUUUGAGGUGGGGGGGGGGGGAAGUCAACCUUUUAUCUAAUAACAAAGGGUCCUAAGUAGAAUGUAUUUAAACAAAACUUAAGGUUGUUUCCUCUUAUGCUUUCAUACAUAUAAAAAUAUAAUUAGAUAGCUGCAGUAUUUAGAUUUAAAGGAUUGAAUUAAGUUUUCAUUGAAACUAUAAAUUUCUAUAGCCAGAAAGGUUACUUGAACAUUUUGAGAAUUCUGAUAUACUGGGGAUAUGCAUACAGUCAUAGAAAUGUUUUAAAUACAACCUUAUUAAGAAAGCUUGAAACAUUAAGCUCAGUCUCACAUAUCUUAACAGUGUCAUGUAGUUGUUUAACAAUAACAACUGGCUCGAUCUUCUUAAAUUAUGUCAGUCUUCUCUAUUUCAUAUUGCAUGUUUAUUUUAAAUGGUCUCUAGCUAAGCAUGAUGUACGUAUUGGUUUAAAUAAAAUGUUAACAUGAAAGAA